AACUUAACAGGAGUGUAGCUGAGAGCAAAAUGAAGACCAGAGAACACACUGAAUGUGACCUUGUAAUCAUCAUCCACCACUUAUAUAGCAGCUACCUCUGAAAGCAUGUCCAUGGUCAAAUAUCCUACUCAUGCAGUAAUCAUGUAGCCAUUUAUCAGAUGAAUCUUAUGUGUGUAGCAUUGUGUUUAUUCUUAAAUAAUCAUUUUAUGGCUUCACACACUUUUCAUAGCUGAAGUCUCUCCAGAUUUGAUAUAACUUAUUACUCUGCAGCAGGUCAGUUUUCAUGAAAAACAAUGUUUCUAUCAACAAAAAUGACAAACACAGGCUCUGACGUGCAGUACAGAAACCUCUUCCUCAGUGUCACAUUUUCUGUACUGGCCUUUCCAGUCUUGAAGCAGGAAAGUACACCAUCAGCAGAUCUUCUUUUUUUUCCCUGCAGCCUCUUUUAUCGUGUCUGUAGCUGUACACAGCUUUAAUCACGCCGCCGAUGCUCUGCACCCUGGGAAUUUCCCACAUCCUCCUGCUGAGCAGAACAUGUUCUUGCUGCAGUACGGAGGACUGGAGGGGUGAACGAAGCUCCGCUGUCCGCAAUGGCCGUGCUGGUGGACUUGAUUCACGGCUGCUGUCUCGCAUGCACCGGCGCGCCUCUGCUGGAGGAGUCUGACUCGCACGUCUUUCUUAUGUGCGGGAAAAAUCACCGGGAGAAAAACGGGUUUUUAGAUACCUUUGCGACCAAGCGCAAAGACGUGCAGGUGCUGGAUUCCAGCUCCACUGCGGAGUGUCUCUACCGUUUCAAACGGAGUGUGGAUCAGCUGGACCUGAGCUCCAUCUGGGUUCUCACCAGUCCGCAAGGUCGAGAUGUGCUAGUCCAGUACCAGAAGCUGCUUUUUACCGCCGUCUAUGCUUUUGAUUAUAAAGUGACGCCGGUGGACAAACUCACCUGUCCGAACUACAGUGGCUCCGCCCACACGGACUUACCUGGUGAAGGAGUCCGUGAAGCAGUGUCGGCUUUUCUGCAGCAGUUGCCCGCCUUGAAGGGAGAUAUAAGAGUUCUUAAGUCCACACUGAUUCCAGACUGCUUUGGUCAUGGCUUCAGCACCCGCUCAGGUGGUGUCUCCUACAUCCAGACGCUGUCCUCCAUGAAUCUGUUCAGCAGCAGCAGGAGGAGGGACCCUGAGGCCGUGGUGAUGGAGAACCGACGCAGACUGGGCCUCCAUGCUGGUUUCCACCCUCUCCCUCUGCGCCUGGUCAAGGUGAACCACGCCAACAAUGUCUGUGUUUUGGGAAAGCCCGAGCCAGAAAGCUAUGACGCGAUGGUGACCAGUCAGCGUGGACUUGUUCUAGCUGCUCCAGGUGCAGACUGCAUGCCAAUCCUGUUUGCUGAUCCAGUGAAGAAGGUCAUUGGAGCUGCUCAUGCAGGUUGGAAAGGGACUGUGAUGGGGGUUGCCAUGGCAACAGUAGAUGCCAUGGUGGCAGAUUUUGGCUGUCAGGUGAGCAACAUCGUAGUGGCGGUGGGACCAUCAGUGGGGGUGUGCUGCUUCACAUUGGACAGAGCGCAGGCUCUGGACUUCGUCAGCAUCCAUCCAGACUGUGUGCCUGAUCCAGAAUCAGCCAAACCGCAUGUCGACAUCCGACUCGCCAACAGAGUCCUUCUUCAGAAAGGUGGCGUCCUGCCAGAGCACAUUCACGACAAUACGGUCACAGAUCAGCCCUGCGUGACGCCCUGCACGUCCUGUCAUCCUGAAGAUUUCUUCUCCCAUGUCAGAGAUGGACUCAACUUUGGCACCCAGGUGGGCUUCCUGUGGAUCAAAGAGCAUGGAGAAUAGUCUGGACUGGAUGGGGGGGAAUGUUAGAAAGGCAGCUGGACUUACACUUCAUAUUAAUUUUUAACGUAUGAUGUUCAGCAUGGUCAGAAACGGUCCUUUCUUUGUCUGGUUGAAGCAUAGAGGUUCUGUUGACAAUAAUGCAUUGAAACAAACAAUAAACACUAACAUACCUGAGUUAUGAUACAGCUGUAGGAAUGGAUGGGAAAGAUGACGGGUGUCUGCCAGGAUUCAUGAAUCCUUGUUUGGAGAUGCGAUCCACUUACUGCACAUUACUUUGCACUGAAUGACUGUUUUGCAUAUACAGUCAUCCUGCAGAACUAGCAACUAAAGCUUCACAAACUUGCAGGAUUUACGGGUUUUUUUCAGCUUUUGUACUGUAAAUGUGAAAUUUCUUGCAAUAAAACUGAAUCCUUAC